UAUGUGUCAAAGAAAAGUUAUUUGUUGUGUGUUAUAAUUCAUGUUUUUCUUCUUGACACUUCGGUUCAGCAGAGGCAGCGUUAUGUGAGAUCACAGUGGCUGCACAAGUUAGGUUUUCUCACAAUAUUUGCUGAACUUACAUCAUGGCUGGGGCAGCAUUGAAACGCCUCAUGGCUGAGUAUAAACAACUAACAAUAAAUCCUCCAGAGGGAAUUAUUGCAGGACCUUUAAAUGAAGAUAACUUUUUUGAAUGGGAAGCUAUGAUCACUGGCCCAGAAGGAACAUGUUUUGAAGGGGGUGUUUUCGAGGCACAGCUCGUCUUCCCUCCUGACUAUCCGCUCAAUCCACCGAAGAUGAAGUUUAAGAGUGAGAUGUUUCACCCAAAUAUCUAUGCUGAUGGUAGAGUGUGUAUAUCCAUUCUACAUGCACCAGGGGAUGAUCCUAUGGGAUAUGAGAGCAGUGCUGAGAGAUGGAGUCCAGUGCAGAGUGUAGAGAAGAUUCUACUAUCAGUUGUCAGUAUGCUAGCAGAACCAAAUGAUGAAAGUGGGGCAAAUGUAGACGCCUCGAAGAUGUGGCGAGACGAACGUGACAAAUUUGAUAAAAUAGCAAAAGGGAUCGUUCGAAAGUCCCUUGGAAUCUCUGCAUCAGCCACUUGAAAAUUUAAAUUGUAGGUAGACAUUGAAAACAAAUUUAUUAUGUACAUAAAUUUAAAACAAAAUAAUAAUAUACAUGUACUAUAUAUUUUCUCACUUGCCCGAUUGGAGCCAAUGGCUUUUUAGAAGUGAUACAUACACUUCGAUACUUGAAUACUUGAGUACAAUUAUAGACAGGCAUGAUAUUCUUCCCAGGUUUGAUUCCGAUUUUUUGGACCUAAAAAAAAUCAGCAAAAUUACAGAGGGACAGUAGAACCACAGUAAUAAUAAUAACAACAAUAAUAAUAAUAAUAA